GAAGCUCGAUGACACCGAGGUAUUAACACUAGGCAACUCGACCGCUUCCCGCUCAGUCGGGCCACUGACGACCAACAAUCGGCAACAAGCAUCGCAACCAAGCACAUACACCAUCCCGAAUGCGGUUAUUUCGCCAAAAAUAUAACACAUAUAUCGAUUAGGAAGUAUUUUGUUGAAGUGCUUCCCCGUAAUGGGGCGCGAAUUAAUUAUUUGGUUUGUGGCGUUGUGGGUAAGCUCCACGGCGUCGCCCCGUUAUCCCGACGAGAGUCCUUUCGCUCGAAGUGCUAUAGAAACAGUUCCAGACCAUGAUCCUAUUGCACCACCAAUACGGUCUUCGGUGGAGAGUAUACCACUAAGGUCGGGUUAUGAAGAGGGAGUUGGAAGGCUUCCUUUGAGGGAUGCUGUGGAAAAGAGACUGAUCCCUGUUUUAGAUCGUGAAUACAUUUAUAAAUAUUUGAAGAAUGCCGGUGAUGUUGAAAGUGUAGACGAAAUAAAUACAUACUAUGGAGCUGCGAAUCACUAUAACAACGACUCGAAGACUGUUGAUAGACUGCAACACGGAAAUGCGAAUCUCCAAACAUUGGUCAACGACCCGAACUCGCGACGCCUGGUGGUAUGCUACGUGGAGUCCUGGGCGGCGUACCGCGCACCACCGCUUGCGUUUACCGCCGGGCUGGUGCCGAAGUCUUGCACACACUUGCACUAUGCUUUCGCUGUACUGGACCCCCACACCUACGCCGUCAUACCAGCUAAUGAAGACUAUGAUGUCAUCAAAGGUGGAUACCGCAUCGCCACAGGCCUCAAGAGACGUAUCCCAGGCCUUCGCGUGAUCAUAAGUGUAGGCGGCGAAGGCACUGAACGUUUGUUUAGUGAAAUGGUACAAGAGCCGUACAGACGAAACACAUUUAUCGACAGCGCUGUCCAAUUUCUCCAAGACCAUGACUUCGACGGACUUGAUCUUCAUUGGGUAUACGCAGGCGACAAAGAUGAACGAGAAAAAGAACUCUUAACUACUCUUCUUUACGAGCUCCGUGAAAAGUUUUCAUCAUACGGGUAUCUCCUAUCUACCGUAUUGCCACCUUUCAGGUAUCAAAUAGAAGAUGGUUACGACCUCAGUGCGGUUAGCGGAGCUACAGACUACACCAUCCUUCAGGCUUGGGACAUGAGUCACGUGAAACGCGACGAUCUUCCCACCAAAGCGUUACAACACUCUGCAUUGCAUCGAGACCCUGGUGCAUCGGCACGUGAUCAACGAUUUGAUAACAUCGAAUUCAUGGUGAAAUACGUUCUGCGCCAUGGAAUGGCUGCUGAUAAGCUAGUUUUGGGCAUUCCUUUAUUCGGACGUAGUUACACAUUAUCCGCAUCAACCUUACCUUCACCUGGUGCCUCGGUUGAUGGUUGGGGCGAAGAAGGGCAGUAUACACAAACCAAAGGAUUGUUAGCUUACUUUGAGAUAUGUAUGACUAAUCGUGAAGGGAAAGGCGCCAGUGCUGUUGAUGCACAAGGUAAUGCUUAUGCCGUUUCUGAUAACCAGUGGAUAAGUUAUGAUACUCCGGCAACUGUAUUAGAAAAGAUGAAUUUCAUUAAAACUCAUAGUUUAGCGGGUGCAGCAGCUUGGGCUAUAGAUAUGGACGACUUCCGAGGUUUAUGUGGAUCGCCAUUCCCGAUACUAAGCGUAAUAUCUACUAGUCUGAAUGGUGAAGCAACUCUCACAGACCAAUCGUCACUUAAGGUUGGAUCUUGUGAGUCGAGUACACCAUACUUAGCUUCUGAUCAAGAGUCGUGUGCUCACUUCCACUUCUGCUCUGGAGGUAUAAGCUUUAGAAUGGUCUGUGAAGAUGAACGACUUUACGAUCCAUCUACAGGAUUUUGUGGGCACCAAGAUGUGGGAAAAUGUAUUCCUGGUCAAAGUCUUAGAAUUAGUGUCGAAGAAGCUGCCCGUUUUCUAUCUCAAGCUUACGAAUCCGAUUUCGAAUGGAGCAGUGUGGCACAACAAGCUAAUCAAUACAAGGAGACUGAUAGAAUAAUCACUUCUUAUCAAGCUGAAAGAAUAGAUAGAAACAAUGACAAACGUGUGGUGUGCUAUAUGACCAGUUGGGCAUUUUAUAGACGAGGCCAUGGUAAAUUUGUUCCCGAGCAUAUCGACACUAGGCUCUGCACUCACGUAGUAUAUGCAUAUGCAUCUUUAUCGCAUGACGAUCUGAUAGCUAAGGAGUUCGAUCCUUGGGCUGACAUCACUAACAAUCUUUACGAACGUGUGACAUCUCUUAGUGAUGUUAAAGUGUUACUUGGUCUUGGAGGAUGGACAGAUUCCGCUGGCGACAAGUAUUCACGCCUGGUUUCUUCCCCCACUGCACGCGCAAAAUUCGCAGACAAAUUGAUUUCCUUCCUGAGUUUGCACAAUUUCAAAGGUCUACAUUUAGAUUGGAACUACCCUGUUUGUUGGCAGAGUAAUUGCAAAAAGGGUGCUAAAUCCGAUAAAGCAAACUAUGCCAAAUUCGUGCAAGAACUAUCUAAAAAACUACAUGCGGCAAAUAUGGAGCUUGGAAUUGCACUUUCGGGGUACAAGGAAGUCAUUGAUUCAGCUUACGAUUUACCGACCAUAUCCGGUGCAGCCGAUUUCAUGAGUGCUAUGACAUACGACUACCAUGGCGGUUGGGAACGAACGACUGCGCAUCAUACGCCGAUCACACCUCUGAAGAAGGAUGCACUGGCUUAUUACUCUAUCGAAUACGCAAUCAAAGCUUUAAUAUCAGGAGGUGCCGAUCCUAAGAAGCUUCUUCUUGGACUAGCUUUCUAUGGUCAGUCGUACAGGCUAGCUGACAUGGAAGGAGCAAGUGGCCCAGGAUCGCCAGCGGCGGGUCCCGGGGAAUCUGGAGAAUUUACAAAACAACCAGGAAUGUUAGCCUACUACGAAAUCUGCUACCGAGUUAAAGACUUAAGAUGGAAGACAGGUAGACAGGAACAAGCCGGCCCCUACGCAUAUUCAGAUAACCAGUGGGUCGGAUAUGACGAUCCAAAAUCUGUGACACAAAAGGUUGAAUGGGCACUUCGGCAAGGAUUAGGUGGCGUGACAGCAUGGGCGAUCGAUCUAGACGAUUUCAACAACCGUUGCUGCAACGAACCUUCACCUCUGUUGCGGGCUGCAGGUCGAGCUCUUGGGCGAUCUGUGCCCCCGCCACCAACCUCCGCGUGUGAACGACCACCAGAGCCCAUCACGCCUGCCCCUCCGACUACUACUCCUGCUGAGUCUGAUGGAUCCGUGGGUGCAACUACUACUCAUCCCGUUAACCAUGAUCACCAUACGUCAACAACAUGGCCGGGUUGGAAUCCCGCAGCUACUACUCAAAGCACCUCCCAGACUUGGUGGUCACAACCCACUACUACUCCGAUGACUACAACGAGUACUACAACUACUCCUCGACCUACCAAACGUCCUACAAGUACAACUACCACGGAACCACCACAAAUGGAUAACGAUGUAGAAGGAGCAGCUUGCAUAGCUGGUGAAUAUGGUGCGGCACCAGGCGACUGUGAGAGCUAUUUGCAGUGUGAGGCUGGCCAUUGGCGAAAGCACCGCUGUGCCCCCGGCCUACACUGGUCAGCUAAAGCUAACCGAUGUGAUUGGCCCAGCUUCGCUAAAUGCACAGUAUCCUCGAGUAGCGGAUCAAGUACAACGACCACGACUUUAGCGCCCAUGACAACACGCCCACCACCUAGACCCAUCACUACGACAUCUACGACUACAACAACCACUACUACUACUACCGCUAGACCCACUUCUACUACAACUACUACUAUGGUUCCUAUUCAAGAUGAAACGGACGCUUCUGAGUCUGAGGGUCAGCCAUGCAACGGACAAGACUACCACGAAGUGCUGGGUGAUUGCACCGCGUAUCUACACUGUGACGGAUCUGUCUGGCGUUUGCAACAUUGUGCGCCGGGACUACACUGGAGCGCUGCACAGAAGCACUGCGAUUGGCCGCGAUAUGCUAAGUGUGGAACGACACAACAAAAGCCAACCACUGCAGCUGCUACUAGGCCCUCUCGACCACCACCAAGACCUACAAGGCCACCAACAACCACAACAACAACAACAACCACUGCAAGCAAUCGACCCUUGGAAGGUGGCGUGUGUGGAGCUCAAGACGUUCAUGCUUCGGCUUCUACUUGUGACUCAUACUUGCUCUGUGUUAGCGGACAGUGGAGAAAGCAGUUGUGUCCACCUGGACUACAUUGGGACAAACGCACCAAUCGCUGCGACUGGGUCGAAUUCGCUAUGUGCGAAGUGAGACGUCCAGAAACGACUACGAAACGACCAUUCCAGACUCUGUUGACGACAAGUGUCACUAAGAGGCCAACUACUGCUCGGACGACGACAAGGAAACCUACCACACUUUCCGGACAAUAUCAAGUACCGACAAACUGUUUAACCGGCACAUACCACGGGCAUCCACGUUGUGAGAAAUUUUACGUCUGUGUGAACGGCGCUCUCAUCGCUCAAAGCUGUGCGCCAGGUCUCGUAUGGAACCAAAAGAACUCUCAGUGUGACUUCCCCAGAGCUAGCUCCUGUACUGACAGGAGACAAGUCACCUCUUCCACUGGAGAAAUCAAGCCAAGCGCUGUACAAUUAGUAGAAGAAAAACCAAUGUACUGUGAAAGCGGACAGUAUGCCCAGGAUCCUAGUGAUUGUACCCGGUAUUUGCAUUGUUUAUUCGGCAAAUUUGAAGAGUUUGCAUGCAGCGCUGGCUUACAUUGGAACCAGGAAAAACAAAUUUGCGAUUGGCCGAGUAGCGCUUCAUGCAAGAUUAAUAAAGUUACAACAACGACCACGACCACGACAACUAUUACAACAAUUCAACCCGUACAUAUGGAUCCCGAAACCAUUGAACUACCAGCACCUUCUAAACCAAUCAUAGAUGUGGUGGAUUCUAGUACUAAACCUGAACUUCUGAACACACGAUACAAGCUGGUAUGCUAUUACACGAAUUGGUCAUGGUAUCGACCUGGUCUAGGCAAAUUCACUCCGGAAGAUAUGGAUCCCUCCAUUUGUACACACAUUGUAUAUGGAUUUGCUGUUUUGGGUGACGAUGGCCUUAUUAAGGCACACGAUCCUUGGGCAGAUACUGAAAACCGUUUCUACGAAAGGGUUGUGGAAUUUAAAAAGUAUGGGGCCAAAGUCACCCUUGCUAUAGGUGGAUGGAAAGACUCAGUUGGAGACAAAUACUCUAAAUUAGUUAAUAAUCCUCAAGCUCGUGCCAGAUUUAUUUCGCAUACUCUUCAGUUUAUAGAAAGUUAUAAUUUCGAUGGACUUGAUUUGGAUUGGGAGUACCCUAAGUGUUGGCAGGUGGAUUGCUCAAAGGGCCCUGACUCAGAUAAAGAAGGCUUCGCAAACUUAGUACGAGAACUUUCUGCUGUAUUCAAACCAAAAGGUUUACUGUUGUCUUCUGCCGUAUCUCCCAGUAAACAGGUCAUAGAUGCUGGUUAUGAUGUACCAGUGUUAGCGAGAUAUUUAGACUGGAUCGCCGUGAUGACUUAUGAUUAUCAUGGACAAUGGGAUAUGAAAACUGGUCACGUUGCUCCACUUUAUUAUCACCCUGAUGACGACUAUACUUACUUCAAUGCUAAUUAUACUAUGCACUACUGGAUGGAGAAAGGUGCCCCUGCUUCAAAGUUAGUCAUGGGCAUACCACUUUAUGGACAAUCUUUCACUACUCACUCUCAAAUAGACAAUCGCAUUUCAAAUGGACUGAAUGUACCAGCUAUAGCUGGUGGUGACGCUGGUGAAUAUACACGAGCCAAUGGUUUCCUAUCUUAUUACGAGAUCUGUGAACGCAUUAAAGAUCGCAGAUGGACAGUUAUUAAAGAUCCAAAUCAACGUAUGGGUCCUUUCGCUUACAAAGGCAACCAAUGGGUUUCAUUCGAUGACAUCAAUAUUAUCAAAAAGAAAGCAAACUUCAUCAAAUCCUUAGGUCUUGCUGGUGGAAUGGUAUGGGCUAUAGAUCUCGAUGACUUCAAAAACAGGUGCAACCAAGGAAAGUAUCCGCUCCUUAACACCAUUAAAAAUUCAUUAUUAGACCCAAAAGUGGAUUCAGAACUUGAACCGACCAAGCCAUUAGCUGAUCCAAAUAACAGUAUAGAUGAAGAUCUGGAAGACAUUGAAGUGAAGCCAGCAUACCACAAACCUGCAACAACUGCUCGUCCUACAACGACAAUGAAACCAACUACAGUUGCUAUCGUACAAGAUGAGAAGGAAGAAGAAAAGUAUAAAGUAGUAUGUUACUAUACAAACUGGGCUUGGUACAGACCAAGUGCCGGAAAGUAUACCCCGAAAGACAUAGAUCCGUCGCUCUGUACCCAUAUUGUAUACGCAUUUGCAGUAUUGGAUAGCGCUAAAUUGGUUAUCAAACCACAUGACAACUGGCUGGAUGUCGAAAAUAAAUUCUAUGAAAAAGUGGUAGCUCUGAAAAAGCGCGGAGUAAAAGUAGUCCUUGGGUUGGGAGGCUGGAAUGAUUCAGCCGGCGACAAAUAUUCCCGACUUGUCAACAACCCAUCCGCGAGAAGAAAGUUCAUUGUACAUGUAAUAGAUUUCCUUCAGCAGUAUGAAUUCGAUGGAUUAGACCUCGACUGGGAAUAUCCGAAGUGCUGGCAAGUUGAAUGUGAAAAAGGACCAAAUUCAGACAAGCAAGGUUUUGCUGCACUUGUCAAAGAAUUGCGCAGUGCGUUUGUUCCUCGCGGUCUUCUAUUGUCUGCUGCAGUUUCGGCAAGCAAACGUGUUAUUGAUUUAGCGUACGAUAUUCCGGUACUCUCGAGGAAUUUAGAUUGGAUAUCACUGAUGACGUAUGACUAUCACGGACAAUGGGAAAAGAAAACUGGCCACUUAGCACCCAUGUAUGCACAAGAUUCAGAUGACGACAAAACACUUAACACUAACUUCACCGUUAACUACUGGCUGAGUAAAGGAACUCCGCGCCAUAAGCUGAUAUUGGGUGUGCCAUUCUACGGACAGUCGUUCUCUUUGAUCGAAAACUCCGGAAACGAAUUAGGAGCACCAAGCUAUGCCGGUGGAGAAGCUGGAGACGAGACAAGAGCUCGUGGCUUCUUGUCAUUCUACGAAAUUUGCGAACGUAUAAAAGUUCAAGGAUGGCGAGUAGUACGUGACCCAGGCGGUCGAAUGGGACCAUAUGCCACUUUGGACGAUCAAUGGGUGUCAUUUGACGACGAUUACAUGGUACGCCAUAAGACUGAAUACGUUCGGGCGAUGGAUCUCGGUGGCGCUAUGGCGUGGACGCUGGAUUUGGACGACUUUAACGGCCGGUAUUGUGGCUGUGGAAAGUCUCCUUUACUUGCCACUAUUAACCAUGUACUGAGAGGACAUGAGGCUCCUCCCCGAUGCUCUUUAGAAGAAAUCCAAAGUCCACCGAACGUAGGUACUACAACAACAACUACUGCUGAACCUGAAGACAUACCCGUGCCAUCUCUAUCCGACACCGACACUGAAACCGAAAUGAAUGUUGACAACUCUCCUGUGGAUGGAUCAUCACUAGAAGGAAAAUCGUGUUCUGGCAUUACUUUCAAAGAGGAUGACUUGGAUUGUGCUAAAUAUUACUUAUGUAUAAACGGGCAGUAUAUUCAACUAACGUGCCCAUCGCCACUUGUGUGGAGUCAGAAUCACUGCAAUUUCCCAAGUACAACUAAAUGCAAAGGCAAGACAAGUCUAAGAUUAACAGAUGGGAGCGACGAAAUUCAAACGGAACACAAACCCAUCAUUGCGUGCUACUUUUCCAAUUGGGCUUAUUAUAGGAAAGACAAUGGCAGUUUUGGACCAGAACAAGUGGACCCCUCUCUAUGCACACAUAUCAUUUACGCCUGGGCACAUCUUGAUAGCGCCAGUAGUACAGUAGUUCCUGGAAACCCAGAAUUAGAUAUCAGCAACGAUUUCUAUGGAAAAAUAACAGAAUACAAAGUUAAAGGCGCUAAAGUCAUUAUAGGUAUAGGGGGAAUAGAAAAUUCAAUAGGUUAUACAUGGAGCCAGGUUAUAGCUAAUCCUGGCAAAAGAAAGACGUUUGUAAGAUCUGUUGUAAAAUUCUUACAAAAAUGGAAAUUUGAUGGAGUUCAAAUAGCUUGGCAAUACCCUGUAUGCAAAGAGGCGCCUUGUUCAGAACAAGAUUCUUCGGAUAAAGACAAUUUCAGCAUAUUAUUAACUGACUUGGCGAAGGUACUGCGGCGCCAUAACUACGAGUUGUCAGCUGUAGUCGCUCCAAAUCCAGAAAUAGCGGCUGUGGCUUACGACCCAUCAAUACUGACGGCAACGUUGGACUGGAUGAUCAUAGCAGCGAAUGAUUAUUAUGAGUCUGAUCCAAGAAGGACAGCCUAUCUCCUGCCAUUGACGAUCGACGGACCAUACAAAAUGGAUAAUUUGCAAGCAAUCAUUGGCUUUUGGUCCAGCAUAGUGCCAACUACUCAACUCGUAAUGGGUCUACCUGCAUACGGACGUUCUUACACGCUGAGAAGUGAAUUAAAUUCUGGUAUUGGAGCUCCCAUAGCUGGUCCAGGCAAACCAGGCACAUUUACUCGCAUUCCUGGAUUUUUAGCAUAUUACGAGAUAUGUAAAGAAUUGGAAUCACACGACUGGAAAGUGGUGUCGAAUAUUGAGGGUACUUAUGCAGUACAAGGAUCUCAGUGGAUAUCCUACUUGCGACCUUUCGAUAUCUACAGGGUAUCAGCUGUAAUGUCUCGGACAGGUAUGCGAGGGGCAGCCCUGUGGGCCCUCGACUUGGAUGACUGGCGAGGAAGAUGCUCGUGCCAACCCUGGCCAAUGCUCGAUGCCCUCAGGAGAGGAUUCUUAGAACCAAAUGUGCAGACUGUUGAAGACUUCAAAUGUGCAAUAUAGUUAUAGAUGUAUAUGUAUUUCCAAUGUUAAUAUUAUGUAUAAUCUAAAGAAAAUCAUACAAACAUUUACAUACUUUUGACUCUACUUAUCAUAGUUAAGCACUAAGCUAAGCGUUUGACGACUCUAUAAACCGCACGACAUUGACGACUAUCAAAAGUAAAUUGUAAAGAAAAUAAUGAGCUCAUUCUGAUGUGUGAUUUUACUACCUAAUUGCUACCUCGAGCUUUGCUCACAUUAUCAAUACAAGUAGUUAUGGAGGUAGAAAUUACUAUAGUGAUUCUAGAAUAGAAUAGUUUAGUUUGAGUAGUUUAGGUACUUUGAUACUCAAUUUGGGGAUUUGUAAGUAUUAACAGGCUGUUAUGGUGGGGUUUAACUAAACUACAGGGUAUUAUUUUCAAUGUAGAUAUUAAAGACGAAAUCUGUAAUGGUUCAUUUUCACGCAACCACGUGCAUGCAACUGCAACCGACGACGACUGCAGUCGACUGCAGUCGGCGACGUCUCGGCGGCAGUCUGCUGCAGUCCGCGACGUCUCGGCGGCAGUCUACUACAGUCGUCCGUAGCUGUUGCCUGCUGCCAUUGGCAACGUUCUGCUCGUGUAAAUGAACCCUAACUGCAAAUAAAAACUGUACUUUAACAGGUAGAUAUCAAUUUUUAUCUGAACUACCCUCAGCUGCUCUGUGACAAGCAUUCCUUAUUUAGAAAAUAAGAUUGAUAGAUCCUCAAAUAUUGUUUAAAUAUAAAUAUUAAACGUAAAUGUAAGGAGUAUCUAAUGUACUAGUUUUUUAAUUGUACAUUUUUAUUCGUAGGUAUCUAAUAAGAGCUCGAAACAAUUGUACCUACUUACCUAUGCUAAUAUGACUGAAUGAUUUUAUUUUAAUAGAAGGAUUUUCAUCUUUGUAAAAUAAUUACCGACCUAGGUACUUAUUUGCAACUUAUAUUAUAACAAUAAAUAAUUGUUAUAUCCGUGAACGUAAAUAUUCACCUAUUUUACAUUUCGGAAAAUAUUUUUGCUAGGUAGGUAAUGUACGAUAAUUUCUAAAAUAGAAAAGUCAGAAUUUGCAAAAGUGAUUGUAAAACUGGAAGUCAAUUAAACAUUAACAUUAAAGAAAUUUUAUAAAAUUAAA